AUGUUCCGAAGCAUAUUUAAGCGACAGCUAUUAUUAUACUCUAGACAAACACCGAAGCGAUAUUUGACACAAAAAGCAAAAGAUGUACCCAAGGUUAAUCAAUAUCCUCGCUUCAAGAUCAUACCUGAGACACACGGCAAAUGGAUAUCAGUAAGGGAUUUGGAGAGAUAUCAAACCUUGCUUGAGAAAGGUCAAAAAGCUGAACAAGACAUCGUAACAUUGACAGGCAGGAUCAGUUCAAAAAGAGAAUCAAGUGCAAAGCUGGUCUUUUAUGACAUUGUACAAAAUGGGGAAACUGUCCAAGUAGUCGCCUCACGUAACAGAUUUAAUGGAACACCUAAAGAUUUUGAAGAGGCUAAUAGACAGUUAUCGAGAGGAGACAUUGUUUCCUUUACAGGAGUUCCUGGCAAAACAAACCAUGGACAGCUUAGUGUAUUUGUAACAAAGGAAAUGAAGGUUCUUACACCUUGUUUGCGUGAUAUUCCUCUAUCUGGUCUUAAAGAUCACGAAAAACGAUUUCGACAACGACAUUUAGAUUUAUUGGUGAAUCCUACCUCUGUCAAUACAUUAAAGACUAGAUCCAAGAUUGUUCGAUACAUUAGAGAUUUUUUUGAUAGUCGAGGCUUUUUAGAAGUAGAGACACCUGUCUUGUCCACGAGUGCUGGCGGUGCUAAUGCUCGUCCAUUUGAAACUCAUGCACACGCACUAGAUGUAGAUAUGCAGCUUCGGAUUGCCCCAGAACUUUACCUUAAGAGACUGGUCAUAGGAGGUAUGGAUCGUGUCUAUGAAAUUGGGAAACAGUUUAGAAAUGAAGGCGUUGAUGCAGACCACAACCCUGAAUUUACAACAUGCGAGUCUUAUCAGGCUUAUGGAAAUCUGGAGACCCUGAUGAGUGAUACGGAAGAGCUCCUUUCGGGGAUGGUAGCUGAAGUGUGUGGCAAUAAACCUGUAAUGACCAAGACAGGACAUAUGGUUGACUUCAAAAAGCCUUUCAACAGAAUCAAUGUGAUGGAAAGGCUAUCAUCUGUUCUAGGAACUUCACUUUCUUUCUUGGAUUCUCCAGAUGCUUUGGAUCGACUAAUAGAGAUUUGCAAACAGUUGAAAGUACAUCCAUCUGAACCACUCACGACCACUCGUAUACUUGAUGAACUAAUAUCAAUGUACAUUGAGCCAGAAUGUGUGCAACCCACGUUCUUGUAUAAUCACCCUCUUGCUCUUAGUCCAUUAGCCAAGGAUGCAAUUGAUGAUAAUGGACAAAAAUUCGCUGCUCGAUUCGAGUUAUUUAUUGGAGGAAAAGAAAUAGUGAAUGCCUAUGAAGAAUUAAAUGAUCCAGAAGAACAGCGUAAACGGUUCAAAGAGCAGCUUAAAGAGAAAGAUUUAGGAGAUGUGGAAGUGCCAUUACCCGAUAUGGACUACUGUGAAGCUUUAGAGUAUGGCUUACCUCCUACAGCGGGCUGGGGAAUGGGUAUUGACCGAGUAGUUCAGUUAUUGACUGGAGCUAGUCAUAUUAGAGAAGUCUUGGCUUUCCCUCUCAUGCGCCCAUUGAAUGCCAAGGAAUAA